GACAAGCUGAAAGAAGAACACAAAUGCGCCACGUAGAAGUUUUGUUGCUGUCGCUCAUUAUUAUCGUGUGAAAAUAGGUUUUUGUACGUCAAGUUGACAUUUGACAAAGUGCAAUGGGUGCCGGACCAAGUGUAGAGAUACCUGGAGGAGGAACUGAAGGAUAUCACGUUUUGCGGGUUCAAGAUGGUUCUCCAGGACAAAAGGCUGGACUGGAAGCUUUUUUUGAUUUUAUUGUAGCUAUCAACAAGACAAGACUGGAUCAAGACAAUGAUACUCUCAAGGAGUUGCUGAAACAACACAUUGACAAGGAAGUUCAAGUGACAGUGUAUAGUAGCAAGACACAGUUAGUUCGGCAAGUGACGAUCACUCCAAGUACGUCUUGGGGAGGUCAGGGCCUGCUUGGAGUGUCCAUAAGAUUUUGUUCCUUUGAAGGUUCCAAUGAGAACAUUUGGCACAUUCUGGAGGUUCAUCCUUCAUCGCCUGCUGAAUCAGCUGGUCUUCGACCUUUCACUGAUUACAUCAUUGGUGCCGAUUCUAUUCUUCAUGAGAGUGAAGAUCUCUUUUCCUUUAUUGAAGCUCAUGAAGGCAGAGCUUUAAAGUUGUAUGUGUAUAAUACAGAUGAAGAUUCUUGUAGAGAGGUCACAAUCACUCCAAAUUCCAACUGGGGUGGUGAGGGCAGCCUGGGAUGUGGUAUAGGCUACGGUUACCUUCAUCGCAUACCAGUAAGGAGUAAUAUUGAACAGCCAAAACCUCCUGCAUCUGGUCAGAUACCAUCUGCUGUCAUCAAACCUACCAUUCCUCCACCAGUACCGAUUGGCUAUGUACCUCCACCAACAACUGCACCUAUUACAGUUGCAACUAUCCCUACUGAAACUCCAGCCAUGCCUUUGCCAUCCUCUCCCACUGUUCCCCCUCCAUCUGUUUCACCAAGCUCUGUCAGCAUGUACCCAACUGUCACUCCUGUUACUUCACAGCCUUACCCUUCACCCAUUCCUUCAAUGCCAGUGCCAUUCAGUUCAACAGGCUUCUCUGCUGUGAGUGGCGUAAGUACACAAAUGGCAGGGUUAACCAUGAGUGGCCAUGAAACUUUUGUCCCAAGUGGGUCACAGAUAGGAUUACCUCAACCGCAUCCGUCUACUGUUGGAGGCACCACUACUGUUGGAUAUGCUCAGCCUCCCACAUCACAAGGCUAUGGGUACCAAAUGGGAUACACGCCAUAUAAUCCCUCCGAUGGUGUGAGUCAGUACUUCCCUAGCACACAUGGCAACGUUGACUCUUCAGCAGUUCCAAACCGCGCUUCACCUGCCAUGCCUAUGGGUUCUGGCCAGCCACCUUCUAUCCCAGGAAUGCCUCUGACAACACCGCUCAGUUUGCCUGGUAUGCCACCAAUCACAGUAUCAGCCUCUGUCCCUUUUACAACUUUAGAAGGUUUGCAUUUAGCACAGCAGCAGCAGCAAUCACCACAGCAACCCCAGCCACAGCAGCCAUCUUUUAGUGUAUCUGUUGGCCAAUGAUUUAAUCUUUGAAUUUCUUAAAACCAAAUUUCAUAUAUAUUUAUAUGAUUUAGUUGCUGUUUCAGGGGACAAUCUGAAAUAUAUAGACUUCACUAACACAAUUCUGUUGCUCAGUGACUAAUAUCUACAGUCUUUCUUAUUUUGAAAGGUAUUCUUUACUUUGUUUUAAUUUGUUCGAUAUUACUGGGGGAAAAAGUUGGCCACCUCCUGAGGGGAAAAUACCCUCAAGAAACCAAGUGAAAUCUACAGAGGGACCACAUUUUAUGAGGACAGACAUCAGAAUUGCUUUUGAAAUACCUAUUGUUUCUUUCUUAAUUUUACGUAAGAUUUUGUUGUCUAUCAUUGAAUUUUUGUUGAUUUUUGUUUUGUCUAUUUCCUUUUAACAUUCUUUUACAGUCCGUUAGCGUGUUUGAAGGGUUUGUUUAAAUUGUCACAUGUCAGUUUGUUUCUUGUUUUCUGAUGUCAUCACAUUUUAAAUGUCUCAAUAUUUGAGCUGCUUGUAAUGUAUGUGAUUGUGGUAACAUACAGUGUAAUUGUGUACUACAUCUACCUAUAAAUAUAUUUUUUUUGACUAGGGU